AUUCACUAACGGCCGGUUCGCCUUCGCUUUCGGACGCAAAAGUUUGUGCAUUUUUUCUCCACAAUUUGCAUUUAAAAGAAAAAGAGUUGUAAUUUAAUAUUGUAAGUUUGUUCGGCGGCUCUGCAAAGGCAAAGGUGCAAUCGUUCUAGUUUAAAAAGGAAAGCGGCGCCAAACGAUGGAAAUCAACGAAAACAACUUCGAGCGGCUGGCGAGCUACUUGCAGCAAACGCUGAGUCCCGACCCCGAGGUGCGCCGUCCCGCGGAACGCUUCAUCGAGAGCAUCGAGGUUAGUCAGAACUAUCCGCUGCUGUGUUUGCAUCUGAUUGACCGCGGCCAGGUGGAGAUUACGAUUCGGGUGGCGGCGGCGAUUGCGUUUAAGAAUUUUGUGAAGCGGAACUGGGGCUGGCACCUGGAGAAUGAUGGCCCGGACAAGGUGGCGGAGUCGGACAGGAACGGGAUCAAGAGUUUGAUCGUGCCGUUGAUGUUGAAGUCGCCGUCGUCGAUUCAGAAGCAGCUGUCGGACGCGGUCAGUAUCAUCGGGAAGUAUGACUUCCCGCUCAAAUGGCCACAGCUGAUGGACGAGAUGAUUGAGAAGUUUGGGACGGGGGAUUUCAACAUCAUAAACGGAGUGCUGCAGACGGCACAUUCGCUGUUCAAGCGGUACCGGUAUGAGUUCAAGUCCCAGGAGCUGUGGGAGGAGAUUAAGUUUGUGUUGGAUAAAUUGGCAAAGCCGUUGACGGAUUUGCUGCAGGCCACGCUUGGGCUGGCGGAGGCACACGCGGCUAAUGAGGAAGCGUUGCGGAUCAUUUACGGCUCGUUGGUGCUGGUUUGCAAGGUCUUUUACUCACUCAACUCGCAGGACUUGCCCGAGUUCUUCGAGGACAACAUGGAGACGUGGAUGAAGGCGUUCCACGUGAUGCUUACGGUGGACAUUCCUUGUUUGAAGACGGGGGAAGAUGAAGACGCUGGAGUUCUUGAGCAUUUACGCUCACAAGUCUGCGAGAAUCUCUGUUUGUACGCGCAAAAGUACGACGAAGAGUUCAGUCCGUAUAUGCCGCAGUUUGUGACGGCCGUCUGGGAGUUGCUGGUCAACACCGGAAUCCAAACGAAGUACGACACGCUGGUCUCAAACGCGCUCAACUUCCUGAGCACGGUUGCCGAUAGAAGUCACUACCGACAUCUGUUCGAGGAUCCGAACGUCCUCGCCAGCAUCUGCGAAAAGGUCAUCAUUCCAAACAUGGACUUCCGCGUCUCCGACGAGGAACUGUUCGAGGACAACCCCGAAGAGUACAUCCGUCGCGACAUUGAAGGUUCCGACGUGGAAACGCGUCGUCGCGCGGCCUGCGACCUCGUCAAAACCCUCUCCCAGAACUUUGAGUCCAAAAUCAUCGAAAUCUUCGGUCAAUACCUGCAAGUCCUGCUGGCCAAGUACGCCGAAAACCCCGCCAACAACUGGAAAACCAAGGACACCGCCAUCUACCUCGUAACCUCGAUGGCCUCCAAAGGCGCUACCCAAAAGCACGGCGUCACCCAAACCUCCGAACUCGUUCCGCUCCCCCAGUUCACCCAGCAGCAAAUCAUCCCCGAGCUCGAACGCGCCGACGUCAACGAACUGCCCGUCCUCAAAGCGGACGCGCUCAAGUUCAUCAUGGCCUUCCGCACCAUCCUCGGCCCGCAGAUCAUCGUCGCCACUCUCCCCCUGGUCGCCAAACACCUCGCCGCAGGCAACGUCGUCGUGCACAGCUACGCCGCCUGCACCAUCGACAAGAUCCUCGCCAUGAAGAACCCCGGCGACAACAAACCCAUCGUCACGAAAGAAAUCCUCACCCCGCUAAGCGCAGAACUCAUCACCGGUCUGUUCGCCGCCUUCACCGUGCAAGGUUCCAACGAGAACGAGUACAUCAUGAAGUGUAUCAUGCGCACGCUCAACACGCUGCAGGAAGCUUCGCUUCCGUUCAUGAUUGUGGUGCUGCCGCGGUUGACGGAGAUCCUGACCGUUGUGGCGCGAAAUCCUUCGAAACCCCACUUUAACCACUAUCUGUUUGAGACGCUGUCGCUGUCGGUGAAGUUGGUGUGCAAAGCGGAUCCAAACGCUGUGAGUUCCUUCGAGGAGGCGCUGUUCCCCGUGUUUCAGGGCAUUCUGCAGGCGGAUGUUCUCGAAUUCAUGCCGUACGUUUUCCAAAUGCUCUCGCUCUUCCUGGAGAUCCGCGAGGGCAAGAGCUCCAUCCCGGACACGUACCUGUCGCUGUUCCCCUGCCUGCUGGCACCCGCCCUCUGGGAACGUCCCGGCAACGUAACCCCGCUCAUCCGCCUGCUGUGCGCCUUUGUUCGCCAGGCCUCGCCCCAAAUCAGUGCCGAUGGCAAGCUGAACGGCGUGCUGGGCGUGUUCCAGAAGAUGAUCGCCUCCAAAAGCAACGACCAUGAAGGGUUUUAUUUGCUGCAGAACCUGCUGCUGCACUAUCCGGCCGAAGAGCUCAACCAGAGCAUGCGCCAGAUCUUCUCGUUGCUGUUCCAGCGGUUGAGCUCGUCCAAGACGACCAAGUUCGUGCGCAGCUUCAUCGUGUACAUGUGUCUGUACGCGGCCCGGGCCGGCGCGCAAGCCCUAGUCCAGAUGAUUGACACCAUUCAGGCUUCCAUGUUCGGAAUGGUCGUCGAGCGAAUCUUCAUCCCGGACAUCAACAAGGUGUCCGGCGAGCUGGAGCAGAAAAUCGUCUCCGUCGGCAUCACCAAGCUGCUCUGUGAAGCGCCCGAGAUGCUCGCCGACCCGUACGUCAAGUUCUGGCCCCAGCUGCUGCAGACCGUCGUCCAGAUCUUCGAGCUCCCCCCGGACGAGACCAACAUCGACGGCGACACCUUCAUCGAGAUUGAGGACGUGCCCGGCUACCAGGCCGCCUACUCGCAGCUCAACUUUGCCCAGGCCAAGCCGAUCGAUCCGCUGCCGGAGAUCUCGAACAUCCGGCAGUUCCUGGUGCAACAUCUCGGCAAGCUCGCCCAGAGCAAUCCGGGUAAGAUUGGCGCGCUGGUUGCGUCGCUACCGGCCGCCCACCAGGAAGCGCUGCAAAAGUACUGCGCCCAGAGCGGGGUGCAGAUCGCGUAAAGCUUCGGGUAAGAUUGUCCAGUUUAAUUAUUAUGCCCUUUUUUUUUGUUCUGAGCCAACUACAUUGAGAGUAUCAUCAAUUUAUGUGUAAGGAUUACGAAUAAAAACUACUAGGUGUUACUUUUUAA